UCGUUGCCUCCCUCCCAAUGGAAGCCAUAUUGAUUUUUUUAAAUAUGAAGAGAUAGGUGUGGUUAUUUCUCUGUUUAGAACUAUGAACAAACAUAUGGUAUUUUGGAGUCCAGAUCAAAAUAGAAGAGGCUGUUAGUUAUGUCGCGGGAAACCGCAACAUUCCCUCGAUAACAUUCAGCAUAGACUGGAUGUGCCGAACGGGGGUGUCUUUAAUGUAGAAUGAGCAGUUGGACUGAAAGAAUGCAUCGCCGAGCUGCUACAUUUAGCAAUGUGGUCACAUCAUGUGGACACCCCACAUAUGCCUUCCCUCAUCGUCUGGAGAAGGUGAAGUUUGGCGUUCAUCUUGAUGAAGUAUGUAAGAACGACAUUCCUGCACCACUCUUGGUGCUCAUACUAAAGCUCAAUAAGGAGGCACCAUUCAAGAAAGAUGUAUUUCGUGCACCUGGGUACCAGGGCUCAAUGAAAAAGCUCUCUCACUUCUUGCAAGCGGGGCGCCUUGUCAACAUUGAUAACUUUUCUGUGUAUACAAUUGCAUCCGUCCUGAAAAAGUUUCUUCGGAAGAUUCCAGGGGGCAUAUUUGGCCGAAUCAAUGAACAACGUCUUUUUCAUAUAAUUACUUUGGAAAGUAUGGAGGAACAACGUAAUGAAAUCCAUAGACUAAUAACAUCAAUGCCAGUCCACACGCAACGCUUACUUGUGCUUCUUUUUGGGACAUUCAGAGUCAUUGCAGCCAAUGCAGAUCGUGCAGGCACUGGAAUGACUUCAGAAGCCCUUGGUGUAUCUGUUGCUCCUAGUUUCUUUCAGAGUUGUGUCAGUGAUGGAAAAACAGCUAAAAUGGAAGAUGUUCUACGAUAUAAGGCUGAAGUUAACGUGGCCACACGCAUAAUGAAAUUCCUCAUUGAUAACUUUGGUGUUAGCAACUUGUUUGGACGGGAGAACUAUGAAUUUUAUGCACGUAUCACCGGUCGCAUCCUGAAGGUUGAAGAUGAUUGGAUAUUCAGCUUUAGAUAUCCUCCUGAUUCAUUUGUUUCUCCCAUGUCUCAUCAAGAAGAAAGUCAGUCAACUCCAGCUCUGAUUCACAUUCCUGGUGGUCUUGAUCCUAGUGUAGCUAAUAGCUCCCUAGGCAUCAUCCCAGAAAAUAAUCUUCUUGAGAGCUACACUCGUCUAUCAAUCAGCCUUGAGGAAAAUGGCCUUUUUAAGGCGGCAAGCCGGUCAUCUUCAAGUUCUGCAACUGCUAGUCAUCACAUGACCUUAGAUGAGCUGAGAGCAGUAAAUCGUUAUGCAGAGAGCACUAAAAGUCUUUCUUACCUUCCUCAAGUCCACGAGCGUCAGACUGAACGAAUGCGCACACGAUCCGAAUGGUUCUUAACUCCUACUGCUGCUGCCCAAUUUGAAUGUGCAUAUGGUGGGUGCAUUGACUCAGACCCAACACUUCAUGUUCUGAGAGGUGCUAAUACACGUUCUUCAUCUUCAAAUAUUGGUGCUGGGCUAAGUGCCAGUGCAGAAUCUGUUCAGAAACGUCCAAGCAUUAGGCGCACUAAUAGCCGUAGUGAGAAAACUCGACAUUUAGUUCACCGUAACUCCAGUCGCAGGAACAAAGAAAAUGGGCAGAGAGGGACUUCUGACCGUGCUGACAGAGUUGAAAGAGCAUCUGGAUCGGGUGAUUGCACACCGCCUUCAGAACAAAUAAAUUUGCCCUCCAAUGUUACUCUUACCUAUAAACCUAGGAUAUAGUGCCAGCUGGCUUUUACAAAUGUGUUCAUUUUGCAAGAUUGUCAGAGGUGUAUCAAGUCUACAUAUACCUGGGCUCUCACAGUCUGUGUCAUGAGUCGCCUUGCUAAAAAGGAAUUUGUGCUGUCGAUUGCAAGCAUUGUGAAAGGAAGUCAUACAUAGGAAUGACUCAGUCUUUUAUACACCUCUUUGAAAUACCAAAGACUCUACAAAUAAUUUUUUUUCUAUCUUAAGCUGUUGUGUAAGAGUGGUUUUGUAUUUUCUGAGUGACCAAUAUUUUCCAUUGUUCUUCAACUUCUAAAUCUUCACAGCUUACAAUUUCUAAAAGUUCAAGUCACAUGUGUCGUCUCUUCUUUUAAGAAUUGGGUGUAGGGCAUAAUUAACUGAAGAACAAUUCUUGCAGAUCAUGCAAUCACCACUAUGUAUCCAUUACAUGUACAGUUUGUUGUAAGUUUCCUUAAGUGGAUUUGCAAAGAAAUGCAGGAUGAUACACCCAGCUUUAUUUUAAGUAUUAUGCAAAGGCAUUUCAUAUUGCAUUUUUAGUUUAUUGUAAUUUAAGAUAUUCAGAUAUUAAUGUGAAAUCUUGUCCUUUCUUUCCUUACCUAACUUGUGUUCAUUGAAGAGAAGACAUGUGGACAUUCAAAUGCCAAAACAUGUGUAUGUAUUAAUUUUGGGUUCUGACUAACAUUUAGGAUGAAUUAGAGUUGUCAGUUUUGUCACCCACUUUGCACUACUUAUCAAUACUGUGAGCAACUGUAUAUUGACCAUGGUGACUACCGCAUUUUCUUAGGUUUGAAAAGAGACCUCUUCGGAAGAUUUUGUUGAAAUCUUUGUGAUGUGAUCAUCUGGCUAUCUUAUGUUCUAUUCCUUGUUACCAGAUUUUGGAGUAUGAACUUUAUCUAAUUGUUGGUUGACUUAGCAGCUCCUUUCUAGUUCUGUAUGAUGUUUGCCUUUAGCACAAGCUUGAGUCACUGCUUUUAUUUUGUGUUAUGCACGUGUAUUACUGUAUUAUUAUCAUUAUUAUUAUUGUUAGCAUUUAUGCAAAUAUGCCCAUUAUCUUCCCUGAUCAUGUUUUGUUUAUCAUUUAGUUUCCUCAGGUUAGGUGACUUUUCUGAACUCUCUGACGAUGAGUCAUAAUGUAGCACAUUUUUUCUUAACGUUGUCUAAACUUUUUUCUUUUAUCAUUCUUUAAGUGCAUAUUUAUGUUAUGGGUUAACUGUAACAGUUGCAAAUUUCAAGACAUAGAUUGUAAACUUUUUCAUAUUAUUGUGUAUGUUGUACGUAUGUAUCAAUUUUUAUUUUUAUAUUUGUGCAUAUAAAACUAUUUCCUACAAUGUAAAUCUAUUUCCAUGUAAGUGUUGUCUUCUGUUUUGGCUGUCCAGCCUUAGCAAUUAUAAAUGGUGAACUGCUUUCAAAAAAAAAAAAUAGACUGAUGUGAGCUUUUUCUUAAUUGCAUAUCUGACAUAUUUCUCUCUAGCCUAUUCUACUUUGAGGUAUCAAACUUUUUGCGAGGGGAGAAGCAAGUGCUAAUUGCUUUGAUAGGACUGUGUCUGACAUUCUAGAGAAGAGCAGUUGCUUGCAAAAACAAAAACAAAAAAAGAGAGAAUUUUAACUAGAUUGUGUUCUAUUUCAAUGACCUGCUAAAAUGAUGUUGAUGUAGCAGGGGCUAGAAGAAUCAUUUUUGUGUCAUUCCCCUUCUAGCUGGACUGGUUUAACUGCUUUUGACUGAUUUUUAGUUUUGUUUUUUUUGUGUUUCACAGCAAUUUCUAGUUCAAAAUGUUACCAAAUAUGUGAUUACAGUUAAUAUAUUUGUUCUUUCCUCUUGAUUAUUUCCCUCUAGUUUUUCGUGAGAUUAAGGAGUUAGCGCAGAAAUUGAGUCAGAUUUUUAUUUCUUAAAGCAAAGUACCCUUUGAAUUUUAAGAUAUGAUGUGGCAAAGUCUGUGACAUUGUUCACUUCCCGAUUGUUUCUACAUUUAAGUAUAAAGUGACAAUAGUUUUGGUCAAAGACACCUCAGUAAUGCUGCCGGCCAAAUAUCUGCCAAAGAAUUAUUCUCAUCUGACUGAUUUACCCCCUUUCUUAUUAUUAACUGAAGUAUUGACCCGCCCUUUUGUCAUAUCAGCUUUUAAAGUGAAAAGGAUAAUGUCGGAGUAUACACUUAAAGAUUUAUUCAAUUUUUCAGAUGGCUUAAGAGCACCUAUUAAAAUCAUGAUAAUGAUAAACCAUGUCUACCUGAAUUAAUCUUCCAGUAUUUGUUCUAACAGUUAUUCUCUGGGCUGUGCCAAAUAUCUCUGUGCACCCAGCUGUGUCAGUUAUGUUCAAGUGCUAAAUUUUAUUUUAGUUCCUGCUUUGGAUAAUACCCUGUGUAGUUCCAAACUAAAAUACAAAAUACUCCUAGCUGGCUUACUAUGCUACUUUGUGCAAAGUGUACUCUUGUGCAUAAGAUAUGUAUGGUAGCUUAAAUUUUUUUCUGAAAAUGAUAUUGUUUUGUCCAAAUUGCUAUCUGUACCAUAUAUUGUGACUAUGCUGAAUUUGAACAGGACUGCAGAUGUCUUGUUUUAAAAUUGAAUUUAACCAGUUUGUGGUAAUUUUAGAUGCAUAAGUCACUAUGUAUAUCAUAUAUUUACCAUGUAUAUUAUUAACAUAGUAUUGGCUCCCACCCCAAGCAUCAGAGUGACUUUUGAGUUUAAUGUAUUGUUGUUGGAAGUGUAGAGAGUCUAUUUGAUCUUUAUUGAUAUGUAUGAACAAACUCUUAUGAGGCAAGUCAUGAUGGACGUUUUUCUUUUAAUAUUCCAUUUGUGUUAAAGAAGUUAAUGUUCAUGUUUUGUUUUUUAUUCUCAUUGCAAUUACUCUCGAGGGACCAUUUAAAACAUUAGUUUGCCACUGUGUGUCAAAGUGUCAAACUCAACUAUGAGAGUGGGAAAGUACUCCCUUUCCUUAUCUCAGGAGCAAUUGCAAUGAGACUAGUUGUAUUUUAGAGUUCUUUAAAUAUUCCUUGUACAUUCUUACUCAGCAUUUUGUAUAUGGUGAAUUAAUAAAUAAAACGUGUUUGGUUUUUUA